GAACGCCAACACGUAAAAGAAAACAGAUGCCACCACAGCGCGACAGAGCGAGGGGCCGUCGAUAACAAAAUUAGUCACCAUCCCGAGCCGAGGAAAGCCCGCAACGAAGGAGAGAAAGGAACAAAGACUUACCUAGACGGCCCUAGUUAGUUAGACAGAUAGUUAGCGUCAGGAUAAGUCAAGUUAUUUCGUCGAGAUCGCUAAACCUGCGAAGAAAAGCAGCGUUCCUCAGUCACAAAGGGAUCCCUCGGUUGGUGGCAGACAUUGCUAUGGCCCAGGAGACCAAUCAGAGCCCAGUCCCCACGCUCUGCGCCACUGGCUGUGGAUUCUACGGUAACCCCAGGACCAAUGGCAUGUGCUCCGUUUGCCACAAGGAACACCUGUCCAGGCAGAACAAUGGCGGUGUUAGUUCGCUGACCCCGAUUGGCAGCAGCUCCACAGCUGAGGAGUCUGCGAUCCAGAGCUUGGAGGAUACGUUGAAUAACGCAGCAGCUGCCGCGGUUGCUGCGGCCGAGGAGGCGGCUGAGGCGGCGGCCGCCGCUUCUGAUGCUGCUGCCGCCGCCGCCGCACACGCCCUCAGUGGGAGUUCAGCUGCCUCCUCAGUAACGCAACAGAUGACCGAGAUGAGGCUGUCGUCUGAGGAGAAAUUAGCGUCAGUGAGCAAAGUAGAAGACACAGAAGCAGUAGUGAAUCAGCCUCCAUGUUCAGGUCCUCGCCCCUCCACUGCUGGCAGUGAAGAAGUCAAAGCCUCCGAGCCCCCCAAACCUAAAAAGAACCGCUGCUUUAUGUGUCGCAAAAAAGUCGGCCUUACAGGUUUCGGUUGCCGCUGUGGGAACCUGUUCUGCGGGAUCCACCGUUACUCCGACAAACACGACUGUCCGUACGACUACAAAGCCGACGCCGCCGCCAAGAUCCGCAAAGAGAACCCCAUGGUGGUGGCCGAGAAGAUCCAGAGAAUAUGAACAGACGCCGCUGUUGGACUUUAUAACUAUGGAGAGCAAUCAAAAAUUUCACACCCUGGACCUGGGCCCACCUUCUUCCUGAAGGCUUUCUUCUUCUUCUUCUUCUUCUCCUCCGGCGCUAACCCCGUUUAUCUUCUGCUAACAUGUUGUUGUUUUUUUUUUCCUCUCGUGAUUUCGCCGCAGCAUUCAAAGCAUCGUUUUAAACAAACACUAGAUGUGCUGUGGAAGUUGGAGCAGUGGGAGGAAGGCGCCGACGGAGGAAUCCCCCCCCCCCUCCUUCUAACAUCCUGCUGAUGGCUUCCCGCUCCGGUUUUUAGAGUUCUGCUCCGAUACGCCGUCGGGUCGGACUCUCAGGCUGUCUGUGCUUGCUCUCUGCUGGCUUGAGUAGCAAAAUACAUUUUUUUUUUUUUUUUUUUUUUUUUUUUUUUUUUUUUUUUUUUUUUUUUACCAGUUUUGGACCUCCUUAAGAGGUUGUUGAGUUUCCUGACCCGUUCUGACUUUAAACCCACAACCCCGGAUUCCUUUUUGCCAACCUUUAACUCUUCACGCCCGCUCACCUCUGCGGACAAUCGGGGUCGAACGGAGAACCUCAAACCGUCCAGACGUCGCACGAAAACCGGUCCCCUUGGGUUUCCGAAUGUUGCCGUUAAAAAAAAAAAUUUAAAUAAAAUAAAAAGAAGAAGCUUUCCUGAACACUAGCGUGUGGCGUUUGUACGACUCGUAGCGUUUUUUGGAAGGGUUCGUCCCUUCGCCUGUUUGUUUUUCGUCAGUCACGUUGUGGGGAGGUGAUGUUUUAUGUUGUUGAUGGAGUAGAAAUAACCAGCUGGUGGGUGAAAAUAAUUUUUUUUGUUUUUUUUUGAGGCGAACUGAUUGUGUGCUUAGUGAGACCGAUGGUUGAAAGUUUUAAGAUUUUUUUUUUUUUUUUCCUUAAUUUGUUUUUUGGGUCUUGCUGCUUAAUUUUUAACCCCUUUUUAGUUCUAAAAGUUUGUACAAACCUUCGUAUUUAUAUUCUGCAGUGUGUGUAAUCUUUCGAUAUUGUAUGAGAUGAAUAAAUUAUGUUCACAAAUGCACAA